GUGGAAUUGUUCCUUUGUUUUUUAAUCCUAUUAAGUGGAAUGGACCAAAGUGACAACGUUAAUAAGUACAAAAGUUCUCCCAUGCCUUAGCUUGACGAUAAGAAGAAAUACGAAUUUAGGAUUGAAGAACUUACAGAUCUGAGAAGAUAAGGAGCUCUCAUGGCGUCAGAGAUGGCUAAGCCUGGAAAGAAGCUGGAGUUCUUUGAAGUUGAGGUAUGUGAAACAGCCAUGGAGAUCGGGUUCCUCAUUGGAAAGAGGUUUUCCUACCUGAUUAAGAACAGGAUUGCCUCUGAUCUCAUACUCCAGGAGCAGCUACUGCCGUUUGCCCAAACUUUUCAGGGAAAAUCACUUCUUGAUAAACUCUGCAAGAAUAACAAGCAAAGCUUUCCAAGGUACUGGGAUGAACUCGUCGGUGCUGCAGAAGGGAGCGGUGUCUCAGUUCUAGACCUGGUGCUGCUAAACUUCAGGAAGGAAAUUUUACCGUUUGUUCCGAAAUCAGGGAGAGCAGCUACCAAGGAAGAAGAAGAAGAAGCUAGUAAUGAUUGCUCCGAUGUUCUUAUUGUCAAUAACUCCAUGGCUAUUGCUGCACAUAAUGAAGAUGGAAACGUAGCUCUAAUUGGUCAUAGCUACUUGUUGAAGGUUACGUUGCCAAAUGGCUUGUCAUUUACCGCUUUCACUUAUGCUGGAGAGCUCCCAAGCUGUGCCUUUGGCUUCAACAGCAAUGGAAUAGCAUUUACACUAAAUGCAGUACCUCCAUUAUCUGAUGAAAUCUUGGCUGGAGGCAUAGGUAGAAACUUUGUAUCAAGAGAUCUGUUAGAAUCAACUGACCUUGAGGAUGCAAUCAAUAGAAUUUUGUCAGCCAAAGUCUCUGUUGGGCACAAUUAUAAUUUGGCGGAUGUCAGAAGUCGAAGGAUAGUAAACAUCGAAACAGCAUCUCGAAACCGCUAUGCCUUUCAGGAAGCUGGUCCAGAACAGUUCUUCCAUGCAAAUUCAUUUGGGACGGCUUUUUUACUGCUUCUUAAAGCAGAGAAAGUUAUUUUAAGAAGCAGGAAAAAAGCCAUCCCAAACGAAGCCAUAAUCUAUUUUCUGAUUGAUCUAGGAUACAUCAAUACGAAAGAAACAUCCCUGAAAUUGACAGGUCCCACACUCUACACUCUAUGCACUGUACUGAUUGAUUUAGAUGAACAAACUCUCUCAAUAUUUGAAGGAAAUCCAAAGAGAGGAGAAACUUGUUAUGUGCUCCCGAUCUCAUAAAAGUUCAGAGAAGGUCCAGAUUCAAGUCUCCCUCUGUGGGCUGAAAUUCUUGGAUUCAUUGGAUUCAUGGCUUCCACUAAACCAAUCAUGCCGGUUCAUAAAGUCCCAACAUGUGCCCAUCAAUGCAACGCAUAGCUGCGACCUGUACAAUUACCAAGUGCUUCAGAUAUGGAAUAUCGCAGGAAAAUGUUUCUCCCCUAUAAAGUUUAUUUUUGAGUAUUACCUUUCCAUGGAUCUCAUAUUUAAUUGGACCAUCUAGCUCCGCUCCUAAUGUAACUAAUUUUGUUACAGUGCUUUGUAUAUCAGUCACAGUAAAAGAUAGCAUGGAGGAA